CUGCACGACGCGGGCAUCGCUCCCCUGCUCGACGCGAUCGUGCGCACGGUGCCGUCGCCGGCCGGCGCGACGGUGCAGGCCGACGGCACCGGCCUGACCACCGAUCACAGACAACACGUCGACCCGUCCGGGUGCGGCGUUAACCGCGCUGGUGCUGAGACGAGCGUCGUACAUACGCCGGGCGGUUACGCGUCGUACCAGACAAUAAAGGUCAUCACCGGCGGCCUGCGCUCCGAUGCAGAUCUGAUCUGCGCACGUACGGGCGCCAAGAUUCGGCUGAACAAGCUGAGCACGCGCCAAGGCGAGAAGCUGAAGGAUGUGCAGGAGUUGUCGGGCGGGACAAUCUGGCGGCGAUGA